UAAGGAUGCAAUGGAAUUUUAUGAUUGCAGAAGUUUAGAGAUGGAUGGUGAAGUGGAGCCUCAUUCAGGAUACAAGAUUUCAACUGAUCACCCCACAAAGAAGACAACACCAGAGACCCUUAGACAGGCAUUGAAAAAGGAAGCAGAAUUUUCAGGAUCUUUCAAGAAUUGGCAAAUAAAUUCACUUUCGGGAACAGUUGGCAGCAGAGCAGAGUUUCCAAGUUGUGCAGAUAGUGUACAAGUUGCUGACACAAUCAUGUGUGGACCUGAGAUGGUUAACUCACAAAGUCCAAAUGGUUCAGGCAAAAGACAAGAAAAUGAUCCUGAAGGGACUUGUUCCUAUCCUAUAGGCCCUCUAUCUGGUCCAACAUCAGUUGCUGCUCCAGCAACAACUUCAAGCAGUGCCUCUCAUCACUCCAAUGAUAGCAUAAGUAGUACUCAUUCAUUUGCUUUUCCCAUAUUACCUGCAGAAUGGAGUGGAAGCCCUGUGAGAAUGAUGGAUGCUGAUAAAAGUCAGUUUAGAAAGGACCGAUGGCAGAAGAUUAGGGUAUUGUUUUCCUGCUGCAGAAGUUGAUUGCUAAAUUUUUGUAAUUUGGCAGACACUCACAGUGAAUCUUUAGCAGAAAAGUUACUAUACUGUGUUUAUUUACAUGGUGUUAUAGGAUACAUGUGGUCAUAUCAAAUUAUUUUGGCAUUUGCAUAUUAAAAACUUGCUAGUUUAAGACUCUA